AUGUGGUCUCAAAACCAAUAUUCUCCCUCGACUCAAUCUCAGCCAGAUGAUCCAAUGAGAAGUCUCGGCGAAAACUUGCAACGCCUUGGUUUAGGAUCGCAGUCUUCUGCGUCGGGUCGCUCACAAUCGGCUGACGGAAUUUCUCAAUCUAAUCUCCAUCUUCAACCUAGGCCUUCAACUCCCGACUGGUCGCACGCUCACCCGGAACCGCCGUCCGCUCCCAGAGGUUCUCGUGUAUAUUCGUUCGAUUUUGAGAGUGAUCCUGUACCUACGCCGAACUUUGGGAGGAGUCAAUGGUCUGACCCCGGUGUUGGUAAUACACGAACACCCGAGGAACUCUCUUUGCUUCCCUCCACUCAACAGCAAAGGCCUGCGAUCGAGUUCGGUGAUGAUAAUCCGCAAUCAUAUAUAUUCCAACCCCAACCGGAUCUUCAGCACUGGACAGGUUCUUGUCUCUGCGGAAUCGUACAGAUAAUCAUCACUGGCCCGCCAAUAAUCACUUUUAUAUGCCAUUGCAGGAGCUGCAAAAAGACAUUUGGGUCGGAUUUCGUCUCACUUGCCAGAUACGGAGUCGAUGAUGUCAACACUUCGAGCCAGGGGCAUGUCAUUUGGUUUGACAGAAAUGAAGUGACUCAUUUCUUCUGUGGGGGUUGCGGAGCAGUAUUCCAGUUGACGGGUACCAAUUCAAGAGAAAUCACUAUACCAAUCGCUCUCCUCGACGACAGCAUGAAUUUCGUCCCCCGUAUGGAGAUAAAUUGCGCACAGAAAGCGCUUUGGCUUCCCGACUUCGCGCCUCCACACUUCAGAUAUGAUUAUACGCCGCUACCGGCUGCUUCUCACGUGGAUUGGUCAGUCCCAGAAGAUAUGUGGUAGAGUUUUGUGCUUGGAUAUAUACCUAGUAUAUAUAUGGUAUGAUUGGUCUAUGAUGGAAGCGUUUGGCAAGCGUUGCUUUAUAUCAGUUUUGAUAUCGAGAAGUGGUCUGGAUGCCUUUGAUUACCAAGUAGGUAGAUACUCAGCUGUGGCUGAGUUACCAAAAGCGUUGCCAACGUUGCUGGGUUUUCAUAUUGGAGAAACACCUGGUGUGGUAGUAAAUUAUCUCUUAAUCAUGUCCCCCCAUCCCCACUCCGCCAACACGUACGUAGUAAAAGCUCGAUAAUUCCCUUGUCAUGGUGAUCAUACGAAGCGAGUGUUGUCAAUUCUCGGUAUAUUGGUAUUUUGGAGAGUUUAUCGU